AUGGUCGAGCAUCUACCGGAAAGAGACUUGCUUGUCCAACAAUUCAACAUGUUUCGUCGACAUCCGUUGGCUGCAGUGCAAACAAAUACCAUGGUAUCUUCGGUGAAACUGAAUCAAUCCACGCUACAUCAUGCUAGUCAAGUCAUAAACUCAAUGGCGGGCAAAGAUGCUUUGGACCACGAACUUAUCAGCUCAGCAUACAAAUUUCUCUAUGGUGGCAGUACCAACAUUCUGGAAACAGGGCUGAUUCUUAAGAAACACCAACAUUACAUCAUCACUUUGACAGGCUCCAAGAGUUGGAGAUUGGCAUACAUGGAAUUGGCCACCAUUCACGGAGUGUUCACGGGUUCAUCUAAAUAUACCCAUGUACCAUGGUGCACGUUACUUGGCGGUGUGGACGAAGAUACUGCGUUUCCUGUUUCUUUAGUGGUUUCAUACCAUUUCCUCGUACUUCAGACACUUCUCCAGGCUAUCUCGGCCAAUUUGCAGACAUUGACGAAAGGAAACAGUUAUUUAGAUUGUUCAAUAUUCGAUCGUGUUGCUGAAUCGUACUUGUCUGGUUCUAAUAUGCACAAGUGGAUGCAACUUCUGGAUUCUUUCCAGUUGAAGAAGUAUCAUACAAACACCGUGAAGAUACUUGGAGGUUUUGUAAAGAUUGCAGAAUUUCUUCGCAAGAAAGACCAUUCCACAACAAGACUGCUUGAUCUCAGCAUCUGUCACCUCAAAUUGAAAUUAUAUGAGUAUGAACUCAAGACGAAUAAUCUGGAUGCUUCCGAGCCUAACUUGCCCGAAAUCGCUGAAUGGCCUUCUACUAUGUUGCCAUAUGCCAAGGACUUGUACCAGACCUUGUCGGAAACUUCGUGCACUUCUUCACUUCUUCCCAAGCUUUCUGAUUAUUGUCAGAGCCGUGCACCGAAAGCUCAAGAAGUGCCAUCUCACAUCACUCAGAUCAUGUCUUCAGAGCUUACAUAUGAUGCUAUCACCAAAUUAGUAUCAUACAUCCAAAACAGCUCCCCGGAAUCAUUAUUGCUUCCAUUUCAUCUAGAGAUACUAAAUCAGCUUCAUAAGCUGAAAUUAGAUACUCAGCUCAAUUCUUUGGCCGACGCCUAUCUCCACAAAGUACAGUUCCUCGCUCGCAAGCCUCAGUUCGACUAUUUAUUACAUUCAUUCAUUCCUCAAUUAGCUGGAUUGCUUGCAGACACUCAGCUGCUGAAGUUACUCAGGCAGCUUGAAAUCGUAUGUUUCAACCAUCACAAAGCGACGGCCCUGCCUGAAAGUCUUGCAACUACCAUAGAAAUCCUGCUAAAAUAUUGUCAAAUCGGGAUUUCAUCGCUGGAAAUCGCCAAGUCAUCGUCCCGAAUCGAACGUUUUCUCGAGUCGUUAGCCAGUCUUGGCAAUUGUUCCAAUACAAAAGAGCUUGCCUAUUCCUAUUUAUGCAGCUUCCCAAACAAGACACAAGAUACACCCAAGCGUCUUCUAAACUCAUUGAGCGUCUGCUUGUUGAAUUCAUCAAAGGCCGGCCAAUUGUGGUUUGGUUCAAGUCUGAAACUCACCGAUUCACAAAAGGUCAACUUGUUCAAAUCACUCUUGGUAUCUAUUGCGAAAAAGGAGCCAACAUUCCAACCAACUUACUUGGUCUCGGUCUUAAAAGUGUCUUCUCGAUCGGCUUAUAUUCUGUGUCUCUACCACGCUGCACUUAAUUUCCAGAUGAAUAUUGACCUCAGCAAUUUCCACGCGGUGGUCCCUGAAGAUCAUCUCCAUUUGGCCUACAUUCGAGCGCAAGCCUUGAGACGUAAAGAUGAAGAUUACGGGACCAUUUUGCAUGAGAUUCAUUCAGACGUUACUUCUUGGAUAUCUCUUUCCAUAACUGCCACUAAUGAUGAGCAUUCAAUUAUUCUUGAUAUUUUGGGUCAGCUCUACAAUUUAGGAUAUUUCAAUUUGACAACUUUUUUGGUUGCUUUUCUUAAGAGCACGAAGAAAUUUGUCCACAACUUGAGUUGUUUUCGACUUGAAUUGCUUAGCGCUGAUUUGCACUUGAAAUUGGCAAAGUUAUCUGAAGUUCCGGGUAUUCUUCAAGAGGCAGGAGGCAUCAUGAAAAUGAUGCACCAGCAAGGUUCACAGGUGGACUGUAACCUCUUGAUCCGUUGGAAGCUAAUUCAGCUCGAAUACUUCGUCAGAAUGCAAGACGCAAGCAAAAUAUCUGGCAAAUUCGAGGAUAUUGAAAAGCUCAUGUUGAAGUAUCCAGAGUAUAACAUUAGAUCAGACUCCGGCGAUAUUCCUCUCACCCGCCGACUUGAAUGUCUUUGGCAUUUGGCAAAAUUUCUGAUUUUGAUCUCAAAAUCGAAUAGCAAUGCGGGCUCAUAUGUUCUUGCGCUCAAAAACUUGAAGUUGGCGCUCAAGGUGAUGAACUCCAUAAUCAGAAAACUUGAGACAUCAGGGAUGGACAAUUUCAAACUUGAAAUUGAAACAUCGAUGCUCUCGUCCUACAGCAGGGCCUACACGUUAUGCCGACAUCUAGGAUUGCUGAAAGAUGCGAUAUUUUACCUUGAGGAAUUAGAGAAGCUAAAUGGUCUGGUUCAAAGCCCAAUGAUCAACUGCUUGUUCUACUUUGAGCUUUCCACUUUUUUCUCCUCAAUUGGAAAAGAGAAAGAAUGUUUGGAACAUAUUGAAAUGGGUAGAGACAUCAGCAUGAAUUCGAAUAUGUCUGUGCUCAACUACAUUGCCCAAUGCUCUACUAUCGUGCACCAGAUGUCAUUCUUGAAGCAGUAUGAUUCGUUGAAGGAGAAGUUGGUAGAUUUUCAGGAUCUUCGUUGUUCUCGCAUGGAUGAUAUUUACGAGGCACUUAGCGAAGAGUAUUUACUGAAUGCGAAGUUCGAAGUUGAGUUUUCCUUAUCGCUAAAGCUUGAUGGUCAAUUUCUUUCCGCGGAAAGGGGCACAAGCACUCAGAAACGGAGUAUGAUAAUUAAGGCAAUGUCAGUUGUUGCGUCAAACCUUCACGAAGUCAAAUCCUUAUUGCUGCGAGAAAGCCUAGAGGACUUUGACCAAACAAUUAAGUUCCUUCCUCACUUUGCAAGUCUUGGGCAAGGUCAAGUUCGUGACACUGUGCAAAAGAAAUUAUUGGAUUGCAAGGAAAUCUUGAACAAUUGUCUCCAGAAGAGCUGGUCAAGACAUUUGGAGGUUCGCAAGGCUAAGCACAUCAACGCAUUAUUCAACCGAUGCGUUUUUCUAUUGUCAUUUUUUGCCGUGCUAAUGCCUGAAAGUGCAAGAGAUCUCCUCAAUAAUGUCCACCACUUGCUGGAUAUGCCGAAGCACUUGCCCUACAAGAAUCAGCAGAAAGUCAUUAACAACCAGCAUACAAUCAAUGAAAGUGGAAACGAGUUAUUCCCUAUCUUAGAUGAAAACUCUGAUAUUUCCAAUAGCCUUCAGGCAGAUUUCGACGAGAAUUUGAGAAAUUUGUUGCCAACAAAUUGGGUGGUGGUUACUCUUGACGUAUGCGGUAUUACAGGAGAUUUAGUCUUAUCUAAGUUCUGCAGUAAUGAAGCAUAUCCACAUUUCUACAAGAUGCCUAUGAGAAGCAAGCUCUCCUCUUUCCAAGACAUUCUCGAGAAAUUGUCUCAGAUCAUUGAAGAUAGUAACCGUUCUACAACUUACAAUGUGACCUCAAAGGUAAAAACGAAGGAAGACCGCAAAAAGUGGUGGCAGUUACGGUUCAACUUGGACUUACAGCUUGAAUCUCUUUUGGCCGAUGUUGAGAAGCACGCGAUUGGUAGCUUCAACGGGAUUUUUGACCGCCCAAACAGAACAACAAAGGCUUAUCAGGAUUUCAGGUCCAAGCUUAGUGAAAUAUGGAGGUCAAUGAAGAAAAAUCGCUCGUCCUUGGAAUUGAGCGACAACAUUGUUGAUCUCUAUUACUGUGCCAAACCAUUCGAUACAGAUGGAUCAUUUGACCCCCGCUGUCUCGAAGAUUUGGUUGCUUUCACAGUGGACGAACUUACUAAUUCGAAAAAUUGCCCCAAACUGGAUAUGUUUCGACUCUCAAACCUUUAUGGUCAAUUAGAGGAGUUGUACAACUCUGCAGAUACGUCACAAACGGAGUGUAAACACUUAGUUCUAGUUCCAAGUUCUGCCUGUUGCUCAUUUCCAUGGGAAUCAUUGAGCAUCUUCUCUCAAAGAUCUAUCUCGAGGGUUCCCAGCAUUGCCAUGUUGACCAGCUUGCUUCAAAAACAUCGUUCGAUGAAGGUUUUCGAUAGCGGGAUUAAGAACCAGGUCUUCUAUCUUGUCAAUCCUGGGCAAGACUUGAAGAGAACACAGCAAAAAUUCGAACCCAUAUUGAAGUCUAUACCUGGUGCAGAAGGUCUUUCGGGUUGCAAACCUAAUGAAGAAUAUUUGGUUUCUCAUCUAUAUGCUUCAGGAUUAUACAUAUACUUGGGACAUGGAGGCGGAGAGCAAUACAUGAGAACAUCCUCAUUAUUCAAAGCCACUUCAAAUGAUUCGAACCAGCAUUUGCCUCCAGCUAUAUUAAUGGGCUGUUCAUCCGGUGCUUAUCAGGCAAAUGGCGAUUUGGAACCAACGAGUAAUGUCUUUAAUUGGUUGAUAUGUGGCGCCCCUAUGGUGGUUGCAAAUUUGUGGGAUAUCACUGACAAGGAUAUCGAUAUCUUCAGCGAUUCUGUUUUUGCUAAAUGGGGGUUACUCCCAGGUCAAAAGGAUCAAGUUGACGUCGACAUCUGUCAAGCAGUUGGCUCAAGUCGAGCAUCAUGUACGCUCAAAUACUUGAACGGAGCUGCUCCCAUUGUGCACGGAUUACCACUCUAUUUCCAUUAA